UCGCGGUGUCUAGCUUCAGUCGACUCCUCUUCCUGUUCCCUGACAGUCGAUACGUGACGAGAUUUCGCCUCUAAUAGCUACCACGGCCAGUUUUAACGAAGUUCCAUGAACGUACAUUCCUCUUUUUGUCUUCUUCAGCGUCGCCUCCCACUCGAACUGUUCAAUCGUCAUACGCACAGCGACGUGUGUGCGUGCACGGAUCUAUGGAACCCUCGAACACACGCAAAAUCCACGGGGUAUAAAAGCUUGCAAGACCUGUUUUCGCGAUUGCCGUGUCCCAAGGAAUCCUGUUGCGAGUGUAUCUACGUCCAGGGAGUAGACAGACAGGACAGUCCUUUUCGGUCAGCAGAUCUACUGUGGUUUCCAGAAUUUCGAUAGAUCGCCGAUAGAAGGUGAUUACGAUGUUGUUCCCUUUACUAUUCCUGCCCUUAGUGGCAGCCGUUCCACUUAAGUCAACUCGGGACAACUACAUCCUGGAUCUCGAGAAUGGAACUCUGAAGAAAAUCCAAUUCCGUAACACGCCUAUCACCGAGCUGGAUCUAUCCGGCUUAGGGAUUCGACGUAUAGAAAAGAAUGCUCUGGACAACGUGUCUUCCUUAAAGUCCCUGAACCUGGCCAACAACUCCCUCGAAUCCCUUCCGGAGUUCAUGUUCUCCAACCUAACGAAUUUAGAGUACCUGUCGUUAGCCGAGAACAAACUGAAUAGCCUGGAGUACCUGUUCGUCCGUUUGGAGAAGCUUCGAGUGUUAAACAUCUCCUGCAAUCCUGUGAUGCACCUUCGCAGAGGUCACUUGUUCGGCCUGACAAAGGACACUACCAUACUGACCGAUGGUAACGUGUUCUGGAGCAUUAGCACGGGCACCUUCACCAACUCGUUCCUAAAAGACGAGGAGGAAUUGAAGAAUUUGGAGAAGAUGAAAGCCGAGGCAGAUGUCGAGCAAAUGGACGAUAGCACGGAGAAGGAAUUGAAUGCGGAGCAAGAGAAAGAGGACAAUACCUUGAAGGAUUGUUCGCCAAUCACGAGGAAAGAGAUACCGAAAGGUAUGAAACUGAAGCUGUGCAUGACGAAUAACAUAAUCGUGUCGAUGGAACCACUCGAAGGGAAGAUAGCAGCGAAUAGUAACUGCGCGGAGAUACCCGUGAACGAGAAGGAGAAAUCCAUCAGCCUUCGAGGAUUGAACAUCAAGGGAUUCCAUGAGAAGUGGUACCAGUCGCAAUACUUCCCAAUUAUCUCGUUAGACCUGGCAAACAACGAAAUCACAGAGAUCACGAAGGAACUGCUAAACGAUCUGCCAGAAGAUCUCAUCUACGUGAACCUGAUGGGCAACAGAAUCAGGGGUAUCCAUAACCAGGUGAUCGAGAAUAGGUACCUGAGGAUGUUGAAUCUCAGGAACAAUCUGAUAGAGAACGUCGAGGACGAUGCUUUAGCCAAAACGAAUCUGACUGCACUGUUCAUUAAUGGAAACCAACUGGACAAUCUCUCCUUUGUGUCCAGCUUGCCUAAAUCUUUGACAGAGCUGGUGUUAGCAGGCAACCAGAUCUCUUCCAUCUCUGACGGAGCCUUUUCGAAACUGUCUCGCCUGGUUUACCUAAACCUGGCUAACAAUAAGAUCACCAAAUUGCAGGAGAACGUCUUCAAAGGAUUGGAUUCCCUUCAAGUGUUGAUUAUAACCAGGAAUAGUCUGACAGAGAUCGAACGUCAGGCGUUCAACGAUCUGAAGCAACUGACUACGCUGUAUCUCCAUCGAAAUUCGUUGGCAGAGCUGAAGAAGGGAACGUUCUCGGAACUGGAGAGCCUCAAGGAUCUGAACUUAGCCUGGAACAAAUUCGAGAAGAUCACGUCAGACACGUUCUCCGAUCUACCGCAAACUUUAGACUUCCUUCAUAUAGAUUUUAACGAGAUAAACAGUCUGCAGGAGGCAAGCUUCGUCAAUGUUCCCAGAUUCACGUUGUCUCUGACAGGGAACAAAAUCUCGAGCAUUCCGAAGGGAACAUUCGAGUUGCCUACUCUCAGAGAUUUGCAUUUGAACAAUAACACUCUGACGACCAUCGAUGGUGACAGUUACGAGGGACUACCUCAAUUGAAACGUCUCUGGUUGAACGAGAAUCUGAUUACCCAGAUAUCCAAAGGCUCCUGCAAGAAUUUGGGUAGCUUGAACAUCUUGGACAUCUCGAAGAAUCCACUUCAGAAGCUACAAAAUGGCGCCCUUUACGGACUAAGUCUGACCAGAGGGAACUUCCUGUACAUUUAUAACAAUCAACUGAAAGAACUGCAGGGUGGAGUGUUCGAGGAUAUUUAAUCGGAUGGAUGAAGAGGUUUAACGACUCGUGCAUUCAUUUAUCUCCUUUUUAUGAUUUAUGUACGCUUAAUAUGGAAUUAAUGAGCUUAGGGUAUAUUUGUACUUGAAUAAAAGGAUCUUUUCGUGACUCUGCUUUCAGUAUUAGGUGUCUCUCAGACUCGGUAGUUUUGAAUGCUUUCCUGAGUAUCUCCGAUUUCUGGUAUCUACGUUAAUCAAGUUUGUAAUCUUGUAUUGCUUUAAAUGUCUAUAACCGAUAGCACGUGUGAUAUGGAUUUCUUUAUU